UCAAACCCCUUAUCCUGCGCAUAUACAUUACACAGUCCACUUUUAUCGUGAGCACCUCAAAAACAAAAGAAGUUUUCACACAAAACUCCAAAAAGCGAAGAAUCUGACCCAUUCACAUACGUUUCACAAACACCAUCAUGCCCACCACACGAUCAAAGAAGAGAGUAAGAGAGGAGAGAGAAGCAUAGAAAAGAGAGAGACAGGAAACAGAGAUUGAAGCAAGAAUCAAAUGGAGAGUGUAGCAGUGACAUGGAGCAGAGAAGAAGAGAAAUCAUUCGAGAACGCAAUUGCUAUGCAUUGUGUAGAGGAAGAGAUAACAGAGGAACAAUGGAGCAAAAUGGUGUCAGUGGUUCCAACAAAAACAUUAGAACAAGUAAAGAAACAUUACCAAAUCCUUUUAGAAGACGUCAAGGCAAUAGAGAACGGACAAGUCCCAUUACCUCGUUAUCACAGAGCCGGCGACGAAGCUGCUCCUGAGAACAGAGACUGUCAUUCUUCUGGAUCAUCGGAGAAGAAACCAAACCACGGAGUCCCCGGGACAAAUGGCGGCGGAAGAAGUAGUUCAAGACAUGAGCAGGAGAGAAGAAAAGGGAUUCCAUGGACAGAAGAAGAGCAUAGGUUGUUUCUUUUGGGUUUGGAAAAAUUCGGGAAAGGAGAUUGGAGAAGCAUCUCAAGGAACUUUGUGAUCACAAGAACACCAACUCAAGUAGCAAGUCAUGCUCAAAAAUACUUCAUCAGACUUAACUCGAUGAACCGAGAUCGAAGACGGUCUAGCAUUCAUGACAUCACUUCUUUGAACAAUCAAGCUCCUGCGGUUACAGGACAACAACAGCAACAACAAGUAGCUAAACAUAGAGCAGCUCAGCCGCAACCACAGCCGCAGCAACCGCAUCAUCCGGGUGCGACAAUGGCUGGACUAGGGAUGUAUGGCGGUGCGCCACUGGGACAACCAAUCAUGGCACCACCUGAUCAUAUGGGUUCGGCUGUUGGAACACCAGUGAUGCUUCCACCUCCAAUGGGAACUCAUCAUCAUCAUCUUGGAGUUGCUCCUUAUGCUGUACCGGCUUAUCCGGUUCCACAAAUACCGCAGCAACAUCCAGCUCCAUCGACUAUGCAUUGACGACAAGAGUUGGUGAAAACUGACACCACAUUUGUAGUGAUAACUUGUGUACAUUUCUCGAAAUGAAUAGAGACUGAGAAUAGCAAUAAUGUACAGCAGCGUCAUAUGUUUUCCCCCAUUUCAAGAAUCUGUUAUCUUUCUUUUUUCCU